GUCUAGGGUAUUAAGCUCGUAGCUCCUUUCAAUGGAUACUAUCCACCAUCCAUACCGAGAGAAGAUUUAGUGACCUUAACUAACCGUUGAAAAGUUCUAUAGUUUUUUCUACUUUCAUUGUGAAGACAAAAAUACCAUUGUUAUUUUCAUUCUGGUUGCAGGAAAAUUUAAAUGGGAGUGAAAUUUACAAUAACCAACUAUUAAUAUUCUAAAUAAUCAAAUAUUAGUAUUAUUUAUCAAUUGUUUUGAUGAAUGCAUUAAUAUAUUGUUUAUUGCUGUGCUUGACUGACUUCCAUCUCUCGGGGGCAGCCGUGUAUUACGUACGGGUAUUUUACUUUAUUUUUUAGCUAAUGUUACGUUUAAUAGUACGUUAAUAAUAGUAAAUAUAUAAAAUUAAUUAUUUUUAAAAUAUAUAAAUAAUAGUAAAGUUAAUAAUUUAAUUCAUUAAAUACAGAUAUUAAAUGUUACAUACGGGUUUUAUACGUGUUUAGUACGGAAGCCAUCAAAUGAACGGGGAAAAUGAAACGACUUGCAAUAAUACGGAUACGGAAGUUUUAAACGGAUAAAAUACGUACGGUUACAUAUACGUGUAAUAAAGGAAGUGUUUACUAACUAUUCUGCAAACCCCUACCACUGGGAACAAUCGAAACGAAAGGGUGUGAGUUCUCCUGCUCUUUGCGUGAUUGUCUAUUAAAGUCUUGCUGACCUUUCCAUGGCUAGUUGUGCUCAUUGCCCAUGAAUCGGAAAGAAGAUUCUGUCGGAAAUCUGAGAGUUCUAGCUUGGAUUUUGGGUACUUUCUGAAAUCACUCUUCUUUACACCUUUUCGGAUUUGAGAUAAACCAAGUACCGGAUUGGCAUAGUUGACAAAAGGGUUGAAUGAAAGUAAGUAGAUGGAUUAACUCGCUAGUUCCUUUUUAUUUUUAUUUUUGGUGAGGUUAUAAUGAUUUUGCCUCUUGGAGAAAUGGUAUGUGCUCUACUGUUUGAGUUCCUGACCAUUAACUUGCGUCGAGCUGUAUACAAAGAAUCAAUUUGCUAGGUUUUGUCCUUCUUUACGUGUAUUCCUAGUGGUUCUUCAAUUCUGCCUAUGGUGACGAUGACCUGCUCUUGAAUGUAUCGUCGAUUUGCAAGCGUGUAUGCUUUUGAUGUUGUUCCUUCUGCUUGAUCACCUGAAUCUCUUAGAGUGAACCCGUUAUAUGUGGUAUGAAAUGGCUUUCAGUUGUUAGAUCUCCUUGUGACAGAAACUAUUAUAUAUGGGUAUGUGUCAGGGAUAUGAAGUGCUUUUCAUUCUACACUGGGGACAGGAAGGUUGAACUAAAGGCCACAAAUUCUGCAUCAGUUAUGUCGAUGGACUCUAACUGUACUGACCGUGAAGAAGGGAGAUCUGGGUCCGAGUUGAUUCCCAAAAUAUAUCAGCUAUUAGUGUCGAAUCUGUGGGAAGGCCUACCUACCCUAGUUUAUCCCAGAGACCCAGUAAUCUGAGAGUGUUCACAGUUGCUGAACUUAAGGCUGCCACCAGGAACUUCAGUCGCUCUGUUAUGGUUGGAGAGGGUGGAUUUGGAUGUCUGCAGAGGCUCGAUAAAGAGCACCGAGGAACCAUCUAAAAAGAUCGAAGUUGCUGUAAAACAGCUUGGUAAACGGGGAACUCAGGCAAGUCCUUUUCACUUCUGGAACUCUGUCUUUUCCUUCAUUUACUAGUCUACUAAAGGGGGUAUUUAAUCCUGCAAACUUCCUCAUGAGGUAUGCCUAUUCUGUCAAUCAGUUUUUGUAGUCCAGUUAAAGGAGUGAUUGUGUUUAGUUUCUUGCAACUCUUUCAGGAGAACACAAUUGCGUCAAGUGUUUCCUGUCCACCCUUGAAGGGAAAAUGAAUGGCGUUCAGUUGUUGCUAAUUUCUCCCAACCUACCCAUUAUAAAUUGCCUACAAGAAUGUGGAGACUCCUUGUUGUACCAAGACUUAACAUAGUAGUUUAACUAUGGAAGUGAGAUAAGGCAUAUAUCUUUUGUAGAUGUGGGCUGUUUUAGUUUGACCUUGUUCCUGAGGGCCCCUGGUCACUGUGUUCUCAUCCGAUAGUCUAAUCUUGACUGUGUACAGCAAUUUGUUUCUAUGGCCUCAUCUUGUUUGUGGUUGACAGGGCCAUAAACAAUAGGUCACAGAGGUCAAUGUUCUCGGGGUUGUCGAGCAUCCGAACUUUGUGAAGUUAGUUGGGUAUUGUGCUGAUGAUGAUGAGCGGGGAAUCCAGCGGCUUCUUAUAUAUGAAUUUAUGCCUAACGGAAGCGUGGAGGACCAUUUGUCCAGUCGUUGUGAAACAACUCUCCCAUGGAACAUGGGACUGCAAGUUGCACAAGAUGCUGCUCGUGGCUUAACAUACCUUCAUGAAGAAAUGGAUUUCCAGAUCAUCUUCAGGGACUUCAAAUCUUCAAAUAUCCUUCUCGAUGAGCAGUGGAAUGCCAAACUAUCUGAUUUUGGGUUGGCAAGGCUUAGCCCAGAUGAAGGGCUUAACUCAUGUCUCGACAGCGGUUGUUGGUACGAUGGGAUACGCAGCUCCUGAAUACAUCCAAUCGGGACGCCUCACAUCCAAAAGCGAUGUGUGGAGUUAUGGCGUCUUCCUGUAUGAACUCCUCACAGGUAAGCGGCCCCUGGACCGAAACCGGCCCAAGAACGAGCAAAAGCUCUUGGAGUGGGUGAAGCCGUACCUAUCAAAGAAGAGGUUCCAACAUAUUUUGGACCCCAGGCUGGAGGGGAGAUUCCGGCUAAGGUCAGCCCAGAACUUGCUAACAUAGCGAACAAGUGUUUGGUCAGAAAUCCAAAAGCACGUCCAAAGAUGAGUGAGGUGCUGGAAAUGGUGAACCGAGUGGUGGAUUCAUCGACAGAGCCAUCGAGCCCUGAACCAAGCUCAAGAACUCGGUGUCAAUGGGGAACAAGAGGAAAGCAGAUUCAAGUGCCCGACACCAUAGCAGUAGCAGGUGGUUCAUGGGAAUGUGCUCUCCAAGCCUUGUCAAAACAUACUGAUAUCUGGGAUAAGGUCAACAUCGCUCAUGUGAACAGGUGCAUUACACAUUUGUGUUAGCAUGGAAGCUUUAAUGGUAAGCUUUUUAGGCCCGGAAAGUGUCGGUUAUCGGCCGGUAGCGGUAGUAUGCCUUGGAAAUCGAUGCUUGCUUGUUAUUAGUUAGAGGUUUAAGAAGGCUUCCCCAAGUCCUGACUGUCACCCACCUUCUGGUUAACUUAGGCGUCGGAUGUUAUUUUUAGCAAACAUCGUUGAAACUAUUGUAAUUUUGAGGUUUCUAAUGUAUCCUAUAUAUAUUGAAUACUAGGUGGCGAUGCCCCGUCUUGUCGCGGGGCGGAGAUGGUAUAUGAGCAUGUAUUAUGUCACCAGUUAUGGUGUUUGUUUGUAUUAUUGGUCUAAAAUUAAUUUUUUGUUAGCAGUUUUGUUAGUAAUAUUGACUUGACAAUAUGAUAUUAACUGAGAAGAUAUAUAGGGCGGUCAACAUCCAAUUUAAAUUUUUUUGAAAAUUUUGGCUAAUCACUAAUAUUUACCUAAACUCAAGUAGACCCAUUGAUUAUGGGUAGGGUAUGGGUGACAUAUAUACGGGUUUGAAAGUUUGUAGAUGGGUUUGGAUAGGGUAUGAAUAUGUACUUACAUAAUCUAAAUGUGCAUGAGUUGGGUAUGGAUAACCAUUUAUUCGAGGGUGUUUUAAUUACACAUACAAAAAUUAGACAUAUUUGUAGAACUUCAAAAGUUUAGGCACCAAAAUGUCAUACGCAAAAAUUGUAGAUACUAAAAUGUAAUGUUCAAUCAAUAUUUUGGGGACUUAUGUGCCAAAAAAAUAAAUUUAGGUUAUAAAU